UGUCGCCAUUUAAACCAAGUUUUUAUUGAGAAAAAUCACAGAAAAGUGACUGCAAGGGUUGGUGAAGACAAUGGCUCCACACCCACCUUUCAAGCAAUCUGCAAUAACUCCCAUGCCUCUUCCUUCGCCUUUCACCCAAUUUUCUUCACCGGAAAACAUGUUCGAUCCCGGCAAAGAACACCCCAAAUCUUUUAUCAGUCUGUCGGAUCACUUGAGAUUAAGUGAUGGUUGACAAUUAUGAUGAUCAUGCCAUGGGAGGAGGUAUGGUGUACGAUGAGUCUGGGAUUUGCAGUCCUCCUUUAUGGAAAAUUAGUCCUCGACAUGAGAUGAACAUCGAUUACCGAUGUUUAUCGCCAUCGUCGAGAACUCAAGCCAUAGCUAGAGGCCAGAGGGAGCUUAUGGAAAUGGUUAGUAAGAUGCCCGAGUCUUGUUAUGAGCUUACGUUGAAAGAUCUCGUGGAACAUCAACGGCAGCAGGCUGUGGUUGAUGAACAGAAACAGGAAAGUUUAUGUUUGAAUUCGAUCGGGGAUCAUAAGUACAAGGAGAGACAGAACAGUCUGAAACAGCAGAUUAAUAGGAGUGGAAGCUUAGAUAAUGGAGAGCUUCUUUUGAAAAUAGUGUUUCCAUUUUCCUUGGGGUCUAAGAAAAAGAAGAUGGUGAAGAAGAAGAAUGAUUGUAACACAAGUAAGAAUGUAGCAGAUGUAUCUAGUAAGACUGUAGAUAAAGAUUGGUGGAAGAAGAGAUCGGGUUCGAGCGAGAGCGACGGCGGUGGAUCGACUAUAAACAGUGGAAGCACCAAAAGCAACCGUAGCAGCAGCAUCAACAGCAGCGGCAGCGACAGAAGCAACAGCAGUACCAGCCGCAGGCAUGGAAUGAACGGUUGCUUGGCAUUCAUCUUCUCCAGGAAAACCAAAGCAUCUAGGUAAAAGGAAAGCUUCAAAGUUGAACCAUCUUUGAAAAUGGCGUUUCAACGUGUAAUUAUCUUUCAAUAAUGUUAAAUGUUUAGGUUUCAACAUACAAGAGAUUGUCACAGCAGAGAGAUUCCAGUUGUCCGUAUAACACAUUCAGAGAUUCUAAUUAAAGAGUGUUGUUGUUUU